AUGCUACCCAAGAAUACUACUAGUACUAGUACUACUAGUAUGCUUCGACCGCUUCCUAUUCUUUCGUCCACAUCAUCCUCUUCUCGUUCCCAUGCAAGCAGUACUACCGGUACUAGUAGUACAACUACUACUACUAGUACAACUACGAGUAAAACCAAACGCCAUUGGGUAUUGGGCAUUACGGGAUGUUUCUUUGUGAUUGCGGCAACGGUCCAAUUGGAAUCCUUUCAAGGCAUGCUAUGGCGUGGCAAGAGCGGUGGCGCCAAAACGGCCGAACGAGUGGAUGAACUACGACAACAGUUGUUACGAAAAAAAAUGCGCCAAAUGAGUCGCACUGAAUUCUUUGACAAGUACGAUUAUCCGCCGUUGAAUAAUAAUAAUAAUGAGACGGAUGCACGCACGUUGUCGCAAGUCGGCCAAUGGUUAUUGGAGGAUGAUACCACUACUGAAGCCUCCAAUAACGAAAGCAAUAGUAGUAGUAAGACAGGGCGCGCCACCAAGAGUCUCCAGAAUCUGCAGAAACUGCAACGGUCGUCCACCACCACCACCACCAGCACCACCACAAGAACAACGGCAGCCUAUUUGUUUGAUCCCACUGAAAACGACCUGCUGUACAAUGGCACCAAUCCUGAAGUCUUAGAAGUACGCAAAUGGGGUUGUGAUCGACGACAAGAAGCGCCGUUGAUUUUUGUUCAUUUGGGCAAAUGCGGCGGAGGAAGUAUCCGAGCUCGAUUGGCCGCUUCUGCCGUCGAUUACAGUCGCGAAAAAUGGAGCAAUACUCGUAAUGAUGCGUCGUAUUACUAUCCAAUGAUGGAAUGGAAACACAUUGCCGCUCAAGUCAUGACAAUCAAGACUUUCAACACGACCACAACAGCGACACGACGGGCGUCCCAACUGGAAAUUCUGCACAAGGGAAUCUUUGUCAAUUCGGGAUUUCACAAUUUUCGACCAUCGUACCCUGCCACACGUCCCAGUGACAAAAAACUCAAUAAAGCCGAUAAAGUCUGGAAAACGUACGAAAAGACAUUGCCGUGCAAUGCCACUACUCCAUUGGGACAAGCCGUGGCAUGUCCACUCACCCGUUUGGGACAACAAGUCAUUCCGUCCUGCAAUACGGAGCGGUGCAAUGUCGUCUAUGCCGGACACAAUCUACUGGGGAAUGAACUUCAUUGGUUGCCCACGCCGUUUUUACAACAGUGGUGGAAUUCCACCACGUGGGCUCGUCACAGUCAUACUACUGACACUGCUAUUAGCAAUGGCAAGGACUUGUGGGGACAACGAGCAUCGCGAUGGAACCAACCUGGAAGCGCGUGUCAUUACGAACAAAAACAUCCCUUUCAUCAUUACAAGGAACAGUACUUUGAUUGUGUGGCGCCUCACGAACACGUCGUUGACCAAACCGCACAUCGAGUACUAUCACAAAAGGACUCGCCGACGACGUCCCUUAUUCAGGAUUGGUCUCCCGUCUAUGCGUCCUUACCCGUCUUGCGCAUCACCAUGAUGCGAGAACCGUUCUCGUGGCUCGUUUCCAAGUACUUUUGGCACGAUGGAAAAUUACGAGGCGCUGACAAGAAAUGGGUGUAUUUGGAUACGUGUGAUGCCAAUAACAUGACCGAUUUUGAACACAUGGCGCAAUGGGCGGCGCCUGCCGCUCUCAAACAAAUCAAUCAUUUGUGUGGCGAAGAGUGCGUCGUACGACAAGAAGCCGGACUCUUGACCCUCGAUCAAAUUGAAACACAGGCCCGACACAAUCUGCAGCAUUCGUUUGCUGUCGUCGGAUUACUCCACGAAACACAAUCGUUCUACGAUAUGAUUACAGCCCGUGCGGCGUACAUGGAUACGUCGCUCAAUCCGCACGUGACGGGCUCCAAACAUUCCACGGCACAUCAAGACGAGUACGAACGCUGUCGUAAAAUAUAUCAAACGCCAGCAUUUCAACGACAGUUCUUGGCGGCAUGUCCCGAGUUUGGGGCGUUGCAACGACUCUAUCAUGUCGGCGCGGAAGUCAAUCGGAAGCAACGACACGAAAUGGAAUCGUGUGGCUUGUUGCCGCCCAAGGAGACGACAACGGCGGCUGCCAGUACCAGUAACGACAAACGCAAGGCCACCACCACCGAGUCGUCGUAG